AUGACCUUCAAAGGCGCUGUCUUUCCACUUGAAGUGUUCUCAGUCUUGGCCACUUUCUUUGCUAUCUAUUCAGUUGUAUACAAUAUCUUCUUCCAUCCUCUUAAACACAUCCCUGGUCCUUUUUUCGCACGCGCAUGUGGCAUCCCUUACGCCCUACAUAUGCGCGAUGGCAGUAUCGUCAGAUGGGUCAAAAAGUCACACGACAAGUACGGUGAUGUAGUUCGUUUGGCACCGACUGAAGUUAGUUUCAUCUCAGGGGAGACUGCGUGGCAAGACAUCUACGGCUUCCGAACAGGCAAGAACAAGAGCAUCGGACAUUACCUUAAGGACAAGAAAUGGUUCAUUGCACCUGGCAACGGUGAUAGCUCGGUUCUCAUAGCCGAUGAAGCAGGACAUUCGCGAAUGCGACGCAACCUCUCUCAUGCUUUCAGCGACAAAGCCUUGCGAGGACAAGAAAGUCUCAUACAGUCUUACGUUGAUCUUCUCGUCCAACGUCUGGGCGAACACGCCGCUAAAGAUGAAAGCGUCGACAUCAUGACAUGGUACAACUAUACAACCUUUGACGUCAUAUCCGACCUCAUCUUCGGCGAACCGCUCUACUGUCUGCGCGACUCUGUUAAGCAUGACUGGAUCUCCAUAACCUACAGGUCCAUCAUGGCGUUCGCUUUUCAUGCUGCUAGGAAUAAGCACUUCAUCUUCAAGCACAUCGACGCCUUGUGUAGCAUUUUCCAGAAAAGUCCAAACCCCAUACGCUCACGAAUAGAGUUUUCCCAGCGCGCCCACGACCUUGUGAGCAAGCGGCUAUUGAAGGUUGAACAUGAGAAGGAAGGAGAAAGAGCAGACUUCUUCACCCAUAUAAUAAAGAACCAAGAAAAAGAUACGACAAGAUUGACUAGAGAGGAAAUGGACAACAAUGCAGUUGGCUUCCUGAUUGCGGGCAGUGAGACUACUGCUACCACCUUAUCAGGCGCCACCUACCUCCUCCUUAGUAACCCCUCCACAUAUACCAAAGCCAUCGCUGAAAUCCGUUCUCGCUUUUCUUGCGCCGAUCAAAUCACUAUGGAGGAAGUCAACAAACUGGAAUACCUUAUAGCUGUCUUCCAGGAAACCCUAAGAUACUACCCACCUGUUCCCACGGGCUUCCCUCGCGUGGUACCAGCGGGCGGUGACCGUAUCUCAGGCUACUACAUCGCUGGAGGCACCUCGGUAUACUGUUCCCAGCACGCCAUGAACCACUCUGAGCGCAACUACAAGGACCCAGAGCUCUUUGUGCCGGAACGCUGGCUGGGUGACGAACGAUACAAAGAUGAUAACAAGAGAGCACUGAAUCCUUUUAGCUUUGGACCGAGGAACUGUUUGGGUAAAAAUCUAGCAUAUGCAGAAAUGCGUCUUAUCCUCUCUAAAGUCCUAACGUUAAAGAGGGUGAACAGUAAUGGUCUUGCGGAUUGCCCGGGAGUCCGAGCGCUUUGA